UGGUCACCCCUAGAUGAAAGGAUGGAGGUUUAAGCAGGCGCUUUUCAUUAGCAGCAGAAUCAAAAUGGGAAGCAGAGCUCUGUUACUGCUCAAAGUACCAUCGCCACCAAGGCAAAACUCAAUUUUCAACAACAGAAAAUUGAGCUCUGUUUCAGAGCUGCUUACUCAUUAUUAUAGUUAUAGGAUUCGAGGAUGCUCAACAAAAGCAGCACAUGGGUCCUCUCUUCAACCUCCAGAUAUGCCUCGUUUGGCUGAAACUGCUCGAAUUUCUCUCACUCCAAAUGAGGUUGAAGAAUUCGCCCCCAAAAUUGGACGAGUGAUUCACUGGUUUGGACAACUGCAAGCAGUUGAUCUUAAUGGUGUUGAGCCUGCAAUCAGAGCAGAUACAGAAGGUGAGAACUUGCAUGAUGAUAUUCCUCAAACAUAUGAGAAUAGGGAAGCUGCAGUUGCUGCUAUUCCAAGCUAUGAAGAACCUUAUAUCAAGGUUCCCAAAGUUUUGAACAAGGAAUAAAUCCACUCUUUAGAUAAACUUGCUUCUUUCUUUAUGCAUGCAACUGCAGUUACGUUAUAGACAUUGUUGUCUCUUUCUUUCAACCAAGCAUGACCAAUAUUUUAUUAUGAGAAAU